AUGCCAAUCGACUCGCCACCCACAGCAAGCACAUCCGGCGUCACAAUCGAAGACCUCGUCUCCUCCCGCUCCACCUACUCCGCCGCAGAUGCCGCCCUCUCCGCACACAUCGACGCACGCAAGGUCGCACGCAACCUCGCCGUCCCUACCUCCGAUCCAAAGGUCAGGCUGCGGCUCAGAGAGCUAGGUGAACCGGUCACAUGCUUCGGCGAGCGCGAAAUGGACCGCCGCGAGCGUCUCCGUCAGGUCCUCGCCCAACGACUCCAAUCUCAACCCGCAACCGCAUCCGCCUCGACCACACUCUCCCAAGCCUCGGACAGCGAAGACGAUUCGGAAGACGAAGAGUUCUACACCGAAGGGCCAAAAGGUCUCGUCGAGGCGAGACGCAAAAUCGCCUGCUUCUCCCUCGUACGUGCAAAACACAGGAUCCAACGCCAACGCAAAGAAGCCAAAGCGCCCCUCUCCAGCAUCGUCAACAAGAGGCAAGACGUGCUCGACCCCAUCAAGGCGUACACCAAUUUGGGAUCGCAGGUCGGCGACGAUAGGCCCAUCGCCAUGACACGCUUCGCGCCCAACUCCAAGCUGCUCGCCACCGCCAGCUGGUCCGGCAGCAUCAAGCUCUGGCAAGUGCCCAGCGCCACCCACAAACUCACCUACCGCGCACACACCGACAAGGUCGGAGGUCUCGCAUGGCAUCCCCGCGCAACGCUCGACCAAGACCCCACGGCGCUCAACCUGGUCUCGGGAGCAGGCGACGCCAACGUCUGUCUCUGGAGCCUCGACAGCGAUCGUCCCCUAGCCACGCUCAAAGGCCACGAAGCGCGCGUCGCACGAACCGCUUUCCAUCCAUCGGGAGACUAUGUAGCCAGCGCAUCCUUCGACGGCACAUGGAGGCUCUGGGACGCCUCGACCACCGAUUGCCUCACCGUACAAGAGGGACACAGCAAAGAAGUGUAUUCGGUCGAAUUUCAGGACGACGGUGCUCUCGUCGCCAGCGGUGGUCUCGAUGCCAUCGGCCGCGUAUGGGAUCUGCGAACAGGCAGGACUGCCAUGGUCCUAGACGGACACGCAAAGGAGAUCCUCUCGAUCGACUUCGCUCCCAACGGAUACCAACUCGCCACCGCCAGCGGAGACGACACCGUCCGCAUCUGGGACAUGCGCGCCACAAAGGCGCUCUACACCAUCCCGGCUCACAAAUCGUCUGUCUCGGACGUACGAUUCUUCCGCUCCCUCGCGUACCGACAGGCGCUGAGCGAUGGCGAGGGGAUCGGUAGUACAGGCCUCUACCUCGCCACCGCAGGAUACGAUGGCAUGGUCAGGGUCUGGUCCGCAGACGACUGGCAGCUCCUCAAGACGCUCCAGGGCGAUGCAGGCAGAGUCAUGAGUGUUGACAUCAGCUCCGAUGGCGAGAUGCUCGUCAGCGGAGAAUGGAGUCGCACCUUCAAGCUGUGGGGAAGGUUAUAG